GAGAGAGAGAGAGAGAGAGAGAGAGAGAGAGAGAGAAAGACAAUUUAGACAAAUCUUCUAAGUCGGCGAGAAGCGCGUAGACACAAGAGCGGCGUGACGGAGGUAUGCGGGGAACACUGAGCGAUACAAUCGGUUAAUUUUUCUCUCACAAGCAAGUCUCGGGGGAGUUCCGCGGAGUGGCGGGGACGUGGAGUGUCGAGACGGCCAGGUGAGGUACCACUCCUCGGCCCCUCCUACUCCUCCUCCUCCUCCUCCUCCUCCUCCUCCGCCGCCGUCUCCUAUGCUCCACAAGCGCGCUCGCUCGCUCGCCCCCCGCCUCUGUCACUUCGCUAAUUGCGUUGGAGAGAUACGGACGGCGGUCGGCGGACGGGCCGUGCACAGUCGGCCAGCGAUAGUUUAACAACACACAUUCACACACGUACACGAGCCGGAGCGGGAACUCGGCGAAGUCGAGGACGUCCUAAAUAGUGUCCUUUCCUCGGCGAGCCUCGGAGUCGUCCUCGCGACUGCCACCAGUUGCGCCGAAGAGGCACAAGAAGCGCCGCGGCCGAGGAGCCCUUCGCGGCUAAAUUGGUCCAAGUGUUCCCCGCGUCAACAGAGGAGCAAGUGUGGCCAAUGGCGGCUGCAGGCAGACCUAGUAAGCCCACUUGAGUGGCGGAUCCUGGAGAGGGGUGGGGGGCCAAUCACCGACCGCGCACACACACACACACUCGUCUUAAGUAAGAAGAGGAGGGGGGCAUGUUAACCCUUGCCUGGAGGUGCGCAGUGGCAGUGCGCAGGUCACACACACACAUGGGGCCCGGGCGGCAGUAAAUCAACGCCAAUCAUCGUCUGGCUGUUGGACGAAGCACACGUGAACAGAGCCCAUCGAUCAGUGCGGAGCGUGAGGCUUGUGAGUGUGGGUGUAAGGGCAGGUGGUGUGGUGCCCCUCAGCCGUGCCCCCCAGUGCCCGCCCCCGGGUCCUACAGCUGCUGCUGCCCCGUCGUCAGGAGAACUCCACCCCUGGCUCAGUGCUUAUCGGAGACUUGUGGCGAUCGGUAGGGUGGUCGGGUCGGGACGCGCGCAGAGCCCGACCAGCCCUGGUGGUUCGUUCUCCCCAUUCAUUAAUCAUGGUGACGUAGCCAGCGAGGGUCACAGUGAGCUAUUCGCAUUGGUGCUCGCAGGUCACGUGGUAUGCUAAUUGUCGGUGCAAGGAGGAGUCAAAGCCAACGGUCGAGGCACUACUCACAAGUAAUAUUAUUUGGGUCCAAUUCACCAAAAAUUAAUGACGAUGAGUUCGUUUUUGAUGAACUCGGGUCCGUACGUGGACCCAAAGUUCCCCCCGCCGGAGGAGUACAGCCAGAACUCUUACAUCCCGCCGCAGAGUGACUACUACAACGCUGCCCAGCACUACCCCUACCAUGGCAUGCACCAAGCCCCUGGCAUGCAGUAUGGGCGCGAUGCCAUGCAGUACAACCAUGCAGGGUAUUACCAGCAGACGUGCGUCAUGCCCCAGCACCAGCCCAUGGCCGCCCACAUGAGCCCGCAGGUCGCGCCCUGCCACAGCCCCCUCCAGCAACACCAAGUGCCCCCGCGCUCGCCCGUCGCGUCCCCGGACCCCUCCGCGGGCGGCGCGGGCGGCAUGGGCGCUCAAAUGGGCCAACACAUGGGCGGGGCGGGCGUGGACGGAUCCCCCGAAGAAACCGUAACAGAGCUCGACGCGAACGGACAGCCUGUUAUAUAUCCUUGGAUGAAGAAGAUCCACGUCGCAGGUGCAGAAGGGGCGGGGACCUUAUUUGCCAACGGGUCGUUCCAGCCGGGGUGCGAGCCCAAGCGGCAGCGGACGGCCUACACGAGGCACCAGAUCCUGGAGCUGGAGAAGGAGUUCCACUUCAACCGCUACCUGACGCGCCGGCGGAGGAUAGAGAUCGCCCACUCGCUCUGCCUGUCGGAGCGCCAGAUCAAAAUCUGGUUCCAGAACCGCCGCAUGAAGUGGAAGAAGGACAACAAGCUGCCCAACACCAAGAACGUGCGGAGAAAGACGAACCCCGCGGGCGUCACCACCACCGUCACGCCCAAGAACCAGCAGCAGAACCAGAACCAGACGCCCACGACGCAGAGCCAGGGCACGCCGGAGCAGCAGCACACCCAGCAGCAGCAACAGCAACAGCAACAGCAACAGCAGCAGCAACAACACUCGGCUCAACAGCAGGCAGCGCAGCAGCAGGGGGCACAGCAGCCGGGGCAUCCGCCCGGCUAUCCACACAUGGGCGGCGGGAUGAUGCCGCCCGGACUCACGCCCAUCUCGGCGCCUUACCCUCACGGCGCGAUGAAGCCCGACUACGGCCUCACGACGCUAUAAGGCCGGCCGACAGCCCCGCCUGCGUCGAGGCGCUCGCCCCGUCGGCGCCUCCUCUCGGUAGCUUUACCUUGCUCUAGUGUGAAUCCUCCUCCUCCCGGCUAAGUCACGCAGCCCCUACGCUGUCUCCGCCGCUGCUGUUGCUGCUGUCGCUGCCGCCGCGCCCCCGGCCUCCCGCCUCCCGCCCGGAGCCCGAGGCCCUCUCCCUCCCCCUCCAGCCCCCGUACCACUGCUCCUGCCGGGGCGGCACCGGCUGCCGACGGCCCGGAGCGAAGGUGUACAUAUAAGAAUCCGGCGCCGCCACGCCGGCCGGCCGCCCCCGGGAGCCCGAUCUGCCGCGGCCGGCGACCCCGCCCACGAUUGUGAAAGAUAUGAUACUUAUCUCAGGGUUGUAUGUGUUUGUGGUGCCUGGAUUAUCACAAGCCUCGUGGACCAACCCAUGGCCACCGUCACCCUUAAAUGAAACAAAACAUGAAAGGAAUAAACUGUAGCUGCCGUUCCUUCCUGAAAGACUUGGUUUAUUUAGGGACAAUUUCAGAGGUGAUGAUUCUGAAGGAAUCUGCUUUCGGAGAGAUAUAGCAAUAGUAUGUUUUUUUUUCUCGAGUAUAUCGUGCGUAUAGUGUUCCAAAGAAAAUACUAAAAAAAUAUAAAAAUAG